CGUAAGGAAACCACGUAGUACUCUCUGCGCAUGUGCAAAGCGCUGUCGGGGCCGCCCUAGCUGCCGUCGUCGCUGCCGGGGCUCUAUGGUCUCUCCCUAGAGCUUUGCCGUUGGAGGCAGCUGCUGCGGUCCUGCGAGUUUGACCGGCAUCAAGCGGCAGCAACAUGGAGGAAUUCGACUCCGAAGACUUCUCCACGUCGGAGGAGGACGAGGACUACGUGCCGUCGGGUGGAGAGUAUAGUGAAGAUGAUGUAAAUGAAUUAGUGAAGGAAGAUGAAGUGGAUGGUGAAGAGCAGACACAGAAAACCCAAGGGAAAAAAAGAAAGGCCCAGAGCAUUCCAGCCAGGAAGAGAAAACAAGGUGGCCUCUCAUUAGAAGAAGAGGAAGAGGAGGAUGCCAAUUCAGAAUCUGAGGGAAGCAGUAGUGAGGAAGAAGAUGAAGCUGCAGAGCAGGAAAAAGGCAUUGGAUCAGAGGAUGCAAGGAAAAAGAAGGAAGACGAACUGUGGGCCAGCUUCCUCAAUGAUGUGGGACCAAAAUCAAAAGUGCCCCCAAGUACACAAGUUAAGAAAGGAGAGGAGACUGAAGAGACAAGUUCAAGUAAAUUGUUGGUAAAAGCAGAAGAGUUAGAGAAACCUAAAGAAACAGAAAAAGUUAAAAUCACCAAGGUGUUUGAUUUUGCUGGUGAAGAAGUACGGGUGACUAAGGAAGUGGAUGCUACAUCUAAAGAGGCCAAAUCCUUCUUCAAGCAGAAUGAGAAAGAAAAACCACCAGCUAAUGUCCCUUCAGCUCUGCCGUCACUCCCUGCUGGGUCAGGGUUAAAAAGAUCAAGUGGCAUGAGCAACCUUUUGGGGAAAAUUGGUGCCAAGAAACAGAAAAUGAGCACCCUCGAGAAGUCCAAACUGGACUGGGAGAGCUUCAAGGAGGAAGAGGGGAUUGGUGAAGAACUGGCCAUCCAUAAUCGAGGGAAAGAGGGGUACAUUGAACGGAAAGCCUUCCUCGACCGAGUGGAUCACAGGCAGUUUGAAAUUGAGCGAGAUCUCAGGCUGAGCAAAAUGAAACCUUGAUGUUACGGACAAAAUCAAGAGCAGCUUAAUCCUGUUUACAAUGUGAGCUUUUUGUGCGUCUGUGAAAUGUUUUCCAGUGUUUCUCAUCAUCUGUUUCCCAGCAAGGUCUUUUUUUUUUUCUACAUUGAAGUUCUGUCUAUGUAUCUUAAUCACAAAUGGUUUCAUUCACUUUACUUUUAAAAAUUUGUCCUUAAAUGAAUAAAUAAAAUAAAAGUUGGUCCUGUGAGAGGAUGAUGAAGAUGACGACC